GAGAGAUUCCCCAUGACUGAUGAUGGACUGAGCUUUGAAGAAUGUGGGUCAACGUUAAACGUCCUCAGCCCACAGUAUAAAUUCACUUCAGAGAGCUGGGCAAACUUCUGUUACACACAGUUACGAUGAAAGUGUUUCAGGCUUCCUUUGUGAAAUACUGAAAACUACAGAGGGACACUAAAUCGUAAAAGGGCAGUGAUACUAUGGAAAUACCAGCCAUAAACCUCAAGGCCAUCGUGUUGGUUCACUGGUUACUGACAGUCUGGGCGUGCUUGUUCCCCUGGCUUAAUACUUCUUAUGUGUUGGGGAACGUGAGUGUUCUUGCAGUGGGUGUGUGGGCCAUUGCACAGAGAGACUCCAUAGACGCUGUAUUAAUGUUCUUGAUUGGGUUGGCAGUGACCAUCCUGACUGACAUUGUUCAUUUUGGGCUGUACUAUGCGGAUACUGAAGCCCACUAUGGGAGCGGCUUGUUUCGCUUUAGUGGGGGCAUGGCCAUCCUGAGCCUGCUGCUCAAACCUGUUUCCUGCUUCUUUGUCUACCAGAUGUACCGUGAGCGGGGUGGCGAAUACAACGUCAACUUCGACCUGGAAACAUCCGUGGACAGUCGCUGCACCACGGACAGUGCUGAUAGCACACUGCUCAGCCGUCGCUACUGAACCUUCCCUCCUUUUCCUCCUGCAGUCCUGUUUAGCUUCCUCUAAAUCAGGGAGUUUUCAUCUCUGAGCUGCUGUGGUGUAUUUCAUGUUGACUUAUUUUCUUGCUCUUCUUCACAUAAUGUCUUGGUAUUUGUGUUUUUUAGCACUUCAUAUUAUUUCCUGCAUUUUAAUGUCUUGCGUUAGUGUUUUUUUUUUUUUUCAUUCUUUGUGCAUUUCUUUUUGCUUGAUGUUAUAAUAAUGUAUAUAGCUACAUUUGUUUACUCUCUCUCUGUGUGUGUGUGUGUGUGUGUGUGUGCAUGUGGUUUCAGAAGAAUAAUCAGUUCUGUUAGAAGUCUCUGUCAAAAUUUUAAUACACAAUGCUCAGAAUUUACUACAGAAAGUUUAUAAAUAUAUUUAUAGGUUUACAAUAAUUUUACAGUACAACAUUUAUUUGUAAAGCACAUUUAACCGAAGUUGACCAAAGUGCUGUACAGAAUAGAAUAAAAACUCAGAAAUAAGAUGAAUAAAACAAGGCUAUCAUAUUUAAAACAAAACAACAAUUAAACCAAUGAUCAAGGAGCAUUGAAAGCUAGAGAGAAUAGAUGUGUCACAGCUGCAUUUUGCACUAGCUGUAGACGAGAGAGGGAAGACUAAGAAACACCAUAAUAAAGUCUAAGCGAGUUGUUACAAAAGCAUGGACCACCAUAGAUAAUAUUAUAUUAUAUAAUUUGCAUGCUGUACCAUGGUCUGUCUGAAUACUAGAUUCUGAUUCUAGAUUAGCUGGCAGGUAUGCAUUAAAACCAUUUAAUGCACAUGCAAGUCAGUUUAAUCGCCGUCCUAUAUUAAUGAACUGCUUUUCAAGUCACCUUUAUUUAUAUAGCACUUUAUACAAUAUUGAUUGUGUCAAAGCAGCUUUACAGUGUCAACAGGAAAAUAGUUUCUAUAAUACAAGAGGACAAUGCACUAAACGUGUUGUCAAUGCUGCCCCACAACUUUUAUUAAUAGAAAAGCUUAGAUACUGGAUCGCUACAUUAUAUUCUUCAGCAAUAAGGAGGUAAAAUCGCUGUUUAAGUAACUAAACUCACAACUUCGUGAGUUGAAAAAAUGACCAUGGUAUAAGCGGGAUAAUGCACGUGCGGUGCUUUAAAUGAUUUUAAUUUCCUUGCCUAUAGCCUGAGACGCUAUAGGCUCCAUGCAUCCUCGCAACUCAACAUAGGACAUGUGGUGUGGAAAACAGAUGGAUAAAAUAUUUACUAUAUUUUCAAAUGUUUUGAAGUAUUAUUUUCAAGCAGCUUGUUACAUAGUCUUAAAAUUGUUUGUUCAGUUGUCUCUACUGAGUGCAACAACUAUUAAAAGAGCAAGGAUUUCUCUGUAUGACAAUACAUGUUUUUUUUAAUAUGUAAAAAAAAUGUAUGGGAUAAAAAAAAUAAAAAUAAACAGAGUGCACCUUUGAUUAAGAAAAUAGGUUCAAACGUAUGUUGACCAUAAUAUUGUUUGUUAAUGUAAGUUUUAAAGGGGAAAUCUAGUUUUGGGCUGGUUGUGAGUCUGGGUGCGGGUCUGUGUUGAAACCUUCCAAGAACAUUAUUAAGAACCGCACCAUGUGUUACACGAAGCUUUAUUUUCUAGCUGUAUGUGGUAUUUUCUGCCUGAAUGGUCACAGAAGUGCUGAUUUACUGCACUGUCUUAGCAGUCAAUAUUUGCCUGGGUUUUUAUUGCGCAAUAAAAGGGAAUCGUGUUAUUUUAAAUUAUUUAUUGACAUUGUAUUUCUCAAGUCGUGUUUUAAUAAAUGGAAGCAAUAGCAAAUUGAUCCUUUUCUUGAACGAUGUUUUGUUUUCACAAAGCCCUUUCUCAUGCCUGAGAUAUUGGGCCUAUAAUGUAAUUGAGAACAUUUACCUCUGUGCCUGAAUUGCUCAUAAUGCAGUGAAACCGUCUCUUCAUUGGUAUUCUGUUGAUGUGUGAUGGGAUUUCUUCAGUUAAUCUAUCAUAAAGGAAUAUUCAGGCUGAAUAAAGAAGUUUAGGCUAGCAAAUUGUCCAGGAAUUACAGGUUACACAGUGUGAUCAAAAAAUCUGUAUGUUUAUUGUUUAGCGAUAAUUGGGUUUAAUUCACUAUACCUCAUGCCUGAAUAUUUAACCUGAUCUCACUGAAAAACACAAAUUCAAAUGAAAUGAAUCAUACUAAAAAGUAAUAUUUUUAGAAAAAAGCUUGAAGACAUGAAGGUCCACCAUUAACCCUACCUCUAAACAUAACCAUAAACGUCAAUGGGAUGUACAAAAAUGAAGGAAUGAGAUAUUGAAGGAAUUAGCCACCAAUUCGUAAAAACGUAAAACGGUUACAAACUGAUAGUGUUGCAAUGUUCCAUUUGUGCAGUCGGAGUCUUUUUUUUAUUAGAAUGCAAUUUCUGAACGAGUGUAAUUAUGUAUUUUACAGUCACAAUAUAUUUUAACAAUGCAAACUGAAAUUACUGUUGAGUAUGCAAAGGUUCAGAGUUUU